GGCCCAUGUGGCUACCCACCUCUUCCUUAAUGGUAUCCUGUAUAAGGCCGAGGAGACCAAGCCACCUCUCUGGACAGUGUAUGGGUGAUAGUGUUUCAGACCUGGACACCGCACGGCCUUGGAGACAGAACCGGUGGAGAUCAGCCUCUCAUAACAACAACAGCUUUACUCUUCCUGAAUCCUACAGCACCAAAGUCUACCACACACUCCUUCAAUAGGGACUGGAGAAAGAUCACCCAGACUAAGAGUUGAAGUAUCACCCAAACUAAGAGUUGAAGUAUCACCCAGACUAAGAGUUGAAGUAUCACCCAGACUAAGAGUUGAAGUAUCACCCAGACUAAGAGUUGAAGUAUCACCCAGACUAAGAGUUGAAGUAUCACCCAGACUAAGAGUUGAAGUAUCACCCAGACUAAGAGUUCAAGUAUCACCCAGACUAAGAGUUCAAGUAUCACCCAGACUAAGAGUUGAAGUAUCACUCAGACUGGAUAAACAAAUAACUUCCCUUAACAUAGACAUUGUUAUCUCCUAAAUACACCCAUUGACAACUGGAAUGGCAGAGGGAUCAGACUGAGAACUCUGCUGUCUGGGCCUCAGCUCUAAUGACAAUGUAUGGAUAUAAUGUUAAUGUAUAAUGGGAACAUAUUGUACAUCUCUGCAUCUAAUCCAAAGCAACAUCCAUCAGGACUAAAACGUGACUCCCAGCUCGACUCCUGCGUGAUUAAAAGUCAAACUCCAAAGAAGAUAUGAAUUAUUCUGUUUAUAGAAGCUUUUCUGGGCUUAGUCUAUGUAUAUACUUAAUGUAUGAGACUCGUUAAUGUAUAUGAAUCUCACACAGGAAGCCAUCUGGAUGAGAUAUAAAUGCAUGGAUGAUUGCAACAAUAAAGAAAAGAUAGAGCUGAAGUAUCGGCCAGCGGCGCCCGACGACUCCUGACUGCUCUUAGGAGUGACCUUUCUAGAGUGCAACGUUGUUUCUCACUCUGUCCGAACCAAACGGCAGGAAGCUUUGAAACAUGGACACCCCGGUCGCCCCCCCUCCUCUGCAUUGUUGAGUUAUGGUCUUCCAAGAUAAAGAGCCGCUUUCUCCACAAUAAAAAAUAAUCUGUCAGGGAGAGAUUGCAAUGCAGUCAACAGGCAUGUUUUGGUGGCCGGACUAAGAAAGAAAAGAAAGAAAGAUUGAAAGAAAGGGGGAGGAAGAGAAAAUAAACGUCUGGGUUUUGGAGAAAGAGAAAGAUUGAGAGGGAGGGAAGACAGACACAAACAGAAAUAGAAAAGUUUGAUGGUUUCUCAGCCUUUCUCCUUUAGCUGGAGAUUUGUAGUAGAGCACAUCGCUAUUGUGAAAGCGUCUUGGCUGUGGUCCAUGGGAACUGAUCCAGUGUGCUGUGUGUCUGUGGAGCUCCCAGCCUGCUUUAGUCUCCUGGGAGGUCCCUGAUACUGUUACUGGUAGGUCCUGUGCAGUAACACUGUGUCAGAACCAGAGGAACGGUACACCUCUCCCGUCCGUCAGCCUCCCUCCCUGCUAGCUAGCUACAGGACUAAAAGGACUAAAGGAAACUUAAAGGAGGAUUACUGAAGAAAGUCCAAAGGGAGAGACGUGUCCAGCAGCAGGAAAAGCAACAUGGACAGCUAAGAUUCUGCUUAUCCACUGGUGAUUCACUUUUUUUUUUGCUCCACUCGCUCCAAAAGAGGACUGUCUGAACUUAACUCUGAACGCUCCCCCAAAACGGUGAUCCUCAAACUGACAUACAGAACAAGCCAGGGAGGGCUGCAGACGGCAGAAGAAGAGACAGUAACUGUGGAGCAAAACAGAGGAGAAGCAGAGGAGCUCCUGAACUCCGCAGCAGAGCAGCAAAGCGAUGGAGUUGGAGAUGGAGAGGAGUCAUAUGUCUGUGAGGAGAGGGGUAAGCUGGAGCCCAGGUGUUGGGAGGAAGACCCUUCAGGUGGGGCAUGGCGUGAACAUGGACACCAGCAACAGAGAGAGUGAUGCAUCUUGGGAGAGGCGGGACUACGGAGGGAUCAAAGGACAGGUGACAUCGACCUCCACCAGUCAGCUGUCUCGGAAAACCAACCUGACACGUAGUGCCAGCCUAUCAGAAAAGGAGUUGAAGGAGGCGAGGGUGAGGUCACAGAUCAUCGCGGCCCAGCUGACCGUCCCGUCUGGCUGCUCCAACUCUCGCGGCGUCCAGCUCUUCAACCGCCGCAAGAAGAGGGUCAACGCCUUCACGCUAGAUAGCUGUGGGGAACGAAGGAGGGAAGAGGAGAGAGAGGAGAGAGAAGAGAGAGAAGGAGAUAACAGGAACAACAACCUGACAUGGGAGGAGGAGAAGGGGGGUCCUAGUGAGGGGACAGAGACAGACGGACAAUUGAACUGGAAGAACAGCAUCGGGAUAAAACCACCACUCUGGUCACCACCCUCUGGAAGUGAGGUCACAGGAAGUGACAUCAUGGAGGACCCAGGUAAUGAGCACAUCUACAAGGGAGUGGACGUGAUACAAGAGAGACACUUCCAGCCGGUGAACGAGAGACAAGGGGAGGCGGAAGAGAGGAGUGGAGAGAGAGAAAGAGAGGAGAUAUAUGAGGAUAUUGAGGGUGAAGUGAAGGAUGAGAUUAUACCAGUAAAUGACAACAACACUGGUCCAGUCAGAGAGGAAGUGGGGAUGAAUAGGGGGUCAUACACAUACCCCACAGCUCCCCCUGAGACCCAUAAUGGCUUCCACAGCACCCAGGGCUCUGCUGGAGAGAUCAAAAAUGGCGGGCCAGUUUCUAUGUCCCUGUCCAGACAGACCCCCACCAUCGUCAACCGGACAGCCAGACCCUUCUUCUCCCCACCCACCGUACAGCCCAAGUCCCCAGAGGCAAGGAGUCCCGUCAUGGAUAACAACAUACCCCCAGCCCCCUCCUAUCCUACCCCCACCCUUCCCCCAGCUCCCUCCUACUCCACUCCCCCUCUGCCUCCUUUCACCGCCACUCGCCCUGUCGCCUUCUCUCCUCCUCCCCCUCCUCCCUCAUACUCUAUGCCUCCACUCCCAGCCUUCCCCAUCCAUCCUCCUCCUCCCUCCCAGUCUCUCUCCAGUCCUCCCCCCAUGUCUACCGUCAUGUUUCCUAGGUCUACACCCAUCCCCCAGUACAACCCUCCUCCUACAGCUGCCCCAGUGCCCCAGUAUCUACCCCCCAACCCUCCUGUCACCCAAUACAUCCCUCCUCCUACCUCCCCUAGACCCAACAUCUUUGUCCCCUUCACCCCUCAGCCUAUUGGCCAACAGAACCAGCAGCAGCCAAUCAAAACGGGCAUCCUGGAGGAAGGGGCGGCGGCCAUCAGACGAUCGUCUACAGCCAGGAAGUCCAUGUUCACCUUUAAGGAGAAGCCUGUCAUGGCACCCAACCCUGAACUCCUCUCCCUGGUCCAGGGGAAUGAUGAUAGGAAGAAGCACGGCCUCCGCUCCGUUCCCGACCCAGCCCCAGAGGAGGAGCUGCUGGCUCUGGGGGCCGAGGCCUCUAACUUCCUAGCCAGGGAAGAGUUGAAGGCGGAGGCUGCCAAGGUGCCGGAGUGGUCCUCCUGUCUCAAGAGCUCCAGGACCAGGGAGCCCAGAGGGCAGCACCAGCCAGAGCAGACCCUGACCAACGCAUCAGGGAAGGGGGCCGAGCUGUUCGCGAAGCGCCAGUCCAGGAUGGAGAAGUACGUAGUGGAGAAUCAGAAUGUCUCCGGUGGUGGAGGUGGUCAGAUGAGGUCUCCGUCUCCAACCGCGUCUCUGCCGCCGUCUUGGGUCUACCCAUCUAAUAUGCCUGGCCGGGUCAAAGCUAUCGCUAACAACACUGACCUCAGCGCCAGGCUGACCCAGACCCUCCAGACCCCUCAGCCUGGGAACAGGAGGCCCAGCCAGCAGGCUCCAACCCCGGCCCCGGUCCCCGAGGAACCACCCCUGGAGAACGGCUGCACCAAGAUAGAGAUGGACCUCUCCAGGCACCAGCCCUACCAGCUCAACUCCUCCCUGUUCAUCUUCAACCCAGUCCAGGACUCUACCAGCACCCUGCUGAGCGCUCUGCCCCGGGGGGCCCCGCCAACACCCAAACCCCUGGUCUCAUCUGAGGCUUACUCCAGGCAGGCCUCCCUGCCCUCCUCCAACCCUCCAUCACACAACUACAACAGCCUGCCCCGCUUCAGGCCUACCCAGUCCCCAUCACUUCAGCCCCCAUCAGGAGGAAUUGGAGGUGGGGAUUACUAUCCUCCACAACACGGGGGGACUCCACAGCUGAGGGACCCCAGGAUCACCUCUCCUGUCUCUGCCUUCUCUCCGGAGAGAGUCGCCUCUCCUCGGUCGGGCGUCCAGGCACCCAGACCCACCUUCUCUACCAAGAGGGCAGGGAUCGAACCCCAGAUGAGGAAGGAGUCCCCCCGAACCCCGACCCCCACCACCACCCCCACGACCACCCCCUCUCCCACCAGGACACCGCAGUUCCCCCGUCGGUUCAGCAGCCCAGAGGGACCCCCCACUCACAGUGGGGUCUGGUCCACCACCCCCCAGACCACCAUCACCCCCUCCUCCUCCUCCUCUUCCAGGCACCUCCACCAGGCGACUGCCACCUCCACAGCCACCUCCCCUGUCUCCCCACCCUGGGAGACGAGGUGCAAGUCCCCCGCCGUGGUCAACCAGACCACCAAACCGUUCUCCACAGCCUCUUUAUCCAGGCCUAAACCAUCCACUACCACCUCACCUAUAUCGCCUAGAUCUCCCUGGGGGUCCCGCUGUCAAUCCCCUAACAUCAACCAGACAACCAAGCCUUUCUCCACCACCAUCUCCAACUCUUCCUCCUCCAGACCCUCUCACCCAGGCACCAUCACGACUCCUCUCUCCCCCUCACCCCUGUCCCCUCCCUGGGGUUCCAGAUGCCAGUCUCCCAUCGUCAGCCCCAGCCCCAGCCCCAGCCCCAGCCACUCCAAGGCAAACCACCGCCUGUUAGCCAAGAACAUCAUCAAUGCGGCCAAACGUAAAAACAGCCCGUCCCCAGGUGCUCUGAGCGGCCACAAUCUCCCAAUCUCCCCACUAGGUGGCAACCCGACCCACCAGCAUCACCAGGGCUACGACUCCCAGCACCACCACAGCAGCAGCAGCUCCAAACCACCCUUCAGCCCCUACCAGUCCAGGGCCAUGGGGUGCCAGUCUCCCCCCUUCGCCAGCCCUCCUCCCACCCCUACAGGGGUAAUCCGGUCCCCGGUAAGGCUCUACAACACCAGGUCCCUCACUGACUCGGAUGCUUCGGUGGAGUCGGAGGACUCUGGGCUGAGGUCUCCAGGACUGCAGCGUACCCAGAACACCUGUCCCCGGGGCUGGGGCGGCAGCCUGAGGGUGAAGAGGGGCAGUGUUGGCACCGACCUAUAGGGGGAGCCUGGGAGAGAGGGUCAGGAGAAAGGACCAUUGAGCUUGCCCAAUAAGAGAGAAAAAGAAAACAGACAGAACAUUGAUAAAGGGACUGGUGGGUUUUGGGCAAUUCUUAAAUUCAUUGACGUAUAGGAUCAUCUAAGAUGGAGGGCCAGCUCAGCGCUUGGCCCACAGGGGAGAUAUGGAAAGGACUUUGAAAGGAACUGACCUUGUGUGUUUGUUGCUUUGGAGCAUCCAGGAGUAAGGGACAAUAAUGUUGACCACAGAGUAAAUAACCUGAUGCCCUUAUGUUGACCACAGAGUAAAUAACCUGCUGCCCUUAUGUUGACCACAGAGUAAAUAACCUGCUGCCCUUACAACACAGCUGGGACGUAGAAGCAACCCGUCUGGUGAUUCUAAAGUCCACUAAAACCCACUGAUUUGGCUGGCUGGCUAUAGAAGAGUCCAGGACCAUCAAGCUCAGAGCAAGCUCAACAGUGGGAUUACUGAGAGGAGAUUGAAGGGACAAUUCACUGUUUCCUCUGCCUCUCAUUCUUACAUCUUAUAAAAUACUUUGUACAUUUAUUACACAGAAAAAUGAAAUGUAAGGGUUUCUAAAAUCCAAAGCGACUUGUCUGCAAUUUUAGAUUUGGUCCUAAUUGAAAAACAAAAUGUGUUGUUGUAUUCAGGAAUUGCUGAAAUGUAAAACUAGCUUACUUGCAUUUGACUACGACAAAAUGUCCAUGAAUAAUCUUAAUUAUUACAGUAGCUUACUUAAGUUUACUCUAAGAAAUUGUUUAUUCUAAUUUGUACCCCAAAAAAGUCCAACGGGCUAGAAAGAAAUACCAAAGACAAUAUAUGGAAUGAUGCAAUGUUUUCAAAAACAGUGUUACACUUUUUCUCCCCCACAUAAGGCAUUGAUAAUGUGAUGUCGUAGAUAGGCUUUUGCAGUUAUUUUGGAUAUAUGUUUAAAUGUUGCUGGGUAUACAUUGGAGUAGAAAGGAAUGCAGUUAAACCAAAGGUUGACAUGAUGUUUGCAGGUCUGACACAGGUCAAACUGGGGAGAGAGAGAGAGAGAGAGAGAGAGAGAGAGAGAGAGAGAGAGAGAGAGAGAGAGAGAGAGAGAGAG